AUGACAUUCUCAACCCUCCACGCAGUCUACACAUCCCCAGACACACAACCAAAAACCAUCUCCCACGAAUUCCCCUCCACCGACGGUUCCCUCGCCAGCAAAACCACCCACCUCACAACCUUGCAAUCGCUAGUCCCCAAACUCCAAGACGAAAUCAAUGUCUACCUGACAACACGAAUGGAAGAAGACAAGAAGGCCCAAGGCACCGUCUCCGAGAAGGAAGCCAAGGAGGAGGACUACUACGGAGAAGAGCUGGUUGAAGAAGAUGCUUGA